AUGGUAUUCUUUCAGUUGUUGAGUCUCCUUCUCUUCUUCCUUCCUUCUCCAUCAACCUCUUUACCUGCUCUGCCUUCUCGUCCUUCCCCACUGCGUCAUCCCCAUGAAAGCACCGCUUUGCUCCAGUUCAAGAACUCCUUUUCCAAAAUCAAUAACAGUCUUCGUUUUUCUGUUUGUGCUGAGCAGUUUGGAAUUGGUAAUCCUAAUAGUACAAUGUCUUGGAAUAUGAGCAGGGAUUGCUGCACAUGGAGUGGAGUCACAUGUGAUGAAGUCACAGGUCAUGUCAUUAGGCUUGAACUUGGAUGCAGCGGGCUUCGAGGCAUUAUCCACUCCAACAACAGUUUGUUCCUUCUCACUCAUCUUCAAACUCUUAUUCUCUCCCAGAAUUCUCUCUAUGGUUCUGAAAUCUCACCCCAAUUUGGAAGGUUUGUUAGUUUGACUCACAUCGACCUUUCUUACUCUUAUUUCAGUGGCCAAGUCCCUCUAGAAUUCUCUUACUUGUCUCGUUUGAUUACACUUAAACUUGGUCCAAAUAAUGAUUUGAUUCUAGGGACUUUUAGUCUGAAACGAAUUGUUGCAAACUUAACAAGUUUGAGAGAGUUGUCGUUGAGUGGUGUCAAUAUGUCUUUUGUCUCUCGUAAUUCCUUUAUGAAUUUAUCGGAGACAUUGAUAUCUCUUGAUCUUAGUGAUACCGAAAUGAAAGGAGAAUUCCCAGCAAAUAUUUUUCUUCUGCCAAACCUUGAAGUGCUCACAUUAUCGUACAAUUAUAAUCUCACUGGUUCAUUUCCUAGAUAUAAUUGGACGAGCCCACUUAGAAAUCUGAGCCUUUCUUCCACUAGACUCCUAAUAGAUUUACCAUAUCUUACUAAGAGUUUAAAAUAUUUGAAUCAUUUGGAUGCCCGCAAUUGCAAUUUCAGUGUAUCGUUUCCUGCGUUCCUUGGUAACAUAACUCAAAUCAUUUCCUUAGAUCUCUCUUCUAACAGUUUUGGUGGUCAAAUCCCAUGGGAUUCUCUCAAUUUGGAGAAGCUGAAUUCUUUAGAUCUUUCAUACAAUAAUUUUGAAGGCCAGCUCCCUCCUAUUUGUAGUAAUUCUACAAAGAAAAUAUUUCUUUGUGACUCUUCAGAAAGUGAUAAGUUAGUGGGCACUCUUCCUUUGAAUUUGAAAUCCGUAAACUUAUCUGGAAACUUACUUAAUGGCACACUACCUUCUUGGCUAUAUUCCCUUCCGUCUUUACAAACUUUAAUUCUAGAUGAGAAUCAAUUCACUGGUGUCAUUCACUUAGAACAGUUCUCAAGACUAAAGAAACUAAAAAGCCUUUCACUUUCUUUUAAUAGCCUGUCAGUGGAUUCUAUCAACUCCAUCACGUACGUUUUGCCCAAUACCCUUCGGUAUUUGCAAUUGUCUUCAUGCAAUAUCACUGGGUUCCCAUACUCUUUAAGAAGCUUGAAAAAUUUAAGAUACUUGGACCUUUCCAACAAUAGAAUUGACGGGAGUGUUCCCCAAUGGUUGUGGAACGUUGGGAAGGAUUCAUUAUUUCAACUGGAUAUUUCUCACAACCUCUUAACUCAUAUUGGGAAAAUUCCAUGGAAAAGUCUAUUGUAUAUUGACCUUAGCUCCAACAGGCUUCAAGGUCAUCUUCCAAUUCCACCACCUUUAACUUAUCUAUUUUCAAUCUCAAACAAUCGAUUGGUUGGAGAGAUACCUUCUUUCUUUUGCAACCUUACUUGGAUUGAAGUCCUUGAUUUGUCAAACAACAGCUUGAGUGGGAACAUCCCACCAUGCAUUGGAAACUUUAGCAGAAUCUUUGUUUUAGAUUUGCGAAUGAAUAAGUUUUGUGGAAUGAUUCUUCCAACAUUUGCAAAAGGAAACAUCUUGAGGAAUCUCAACCUCAAUGGAAAUCAAUUGGAAGGGCCGUUGCCUCAAUCUUUAGUCAAUUGUGAAUUGCUGGAAAUUUUGGAUGUUGGGAACAACAAGCUGAACGGGUCCUUUCCCCAUUGGUUGGAAUCUCUUCCAGAGCUUCAAGUUCUUAUAUUGAGAUCUAACAGACUUUCUGGUCCUCUAAGUAAUCCCAAGGUGAGAUUUCCCUUUCAAAAGUUGAGAAUCGUGGACAUCUCUAACAAUGAUUUCACUGGUACUUUGCCAGCAAAAUAUUUUGAGAACUUCGCUGCCAUGAUUGAUGCUCAUUCAGAACGCUUAGAAUACAUGGGAGAACAAGAUCUUGGUCAGUCCUAUUAUUCUGUGACAGUGACAAUUAAAGGAUUCGACCGUGAGCUCGUGAAAAUACAAAAACUGUUCAUAACCAUUGAUUUCUCAAGUAAUAGCUUCACAGGAGAGAUUCCAACAGUGAUCGGGAAGCUUAAUUCACUCAAAGGCCUUAAUUUUUCUCACAACAAGCUAUCCGGUCAUAUUCCACCAUCCUUGGGAAACUUGAGCAACCUUGAAUGGUUAGACCUCUCAUCAAACGAGCUUUUUGGAAACAUCCCAAUGCAACUAGCUACAGGUUUGUAUCAACUUGCGAGAUUAAAUCUUUCCGACAACAAAUUAGAGGGACCAAUACCUCGCGGAAGGCAAUUCAAUACGUUCAGCAAUGAUUCAUGCAGCGAAAACGUGGGAUUAUGUGGAUUUCCUCUGUCUAAAUCAUGCAGCAAUGAUGGUGCACAACACGAUCAAGGUGGUGAUGAUGACGGAGAUCACAACAAUGGAAUGAUUGAUUGGAAGGUGGUGAUGAUGGGAUAUGGAAGCGGAAUGGUGAUCGGAAUAUCAGUCGGAUACAUGGUCCUUUUCAGCAGAAGCUUCAAUUAUUGGUUUCACAAAAGAUUUGGAGGGGGACGACGUCGCAAAACCAGUGCUCGCUUAAGACGGAGGAGAAGAUCAAACUAG